AUGGCGGCUAGGCGAUCCUGGAUUUACGAGAGCGUACGCGGCGCAUCCGUCGCUCGCUCUCGCAUGACGACGACGCGAUAUUGGGUCAUGCUUAGCAGCUUCGUCGCUGUGGCCCUCAUCCUGCUGGGCAUGCACCUCCACAGCAGCACCCGUCUGCCUCCCCUCUACUCCAAGACGGGCAAGGUCAAGCCGCCGCCGCCCUACCCCGACACAUCCGUCGUCCUCGCCGAGGGCGAGCUCCGCGAAUGGGUGCCUCCCGAAAUGGACGCCCUCGUCCACGGCGUCCGCGCCUCCGACGGCAUCCGCCGCGACCCCAAGUACAAGCUCGAAAAGUUCCCCUACUCGCCCAUGGACAACCCGCCCCACGACGACGGCCACCAGCGCCCGUGGCUCGGCGCCGUCAUCUGCUCGGCCUGGGAUCUCAAGAGGAGGAUGCUCAUCCGCUACACGUGGAUGAAGCUCUACAAGGACGUGCCCAUGGACCAGCGCUUCGUCAUCUCGAACCCGGGUCCUCGCUGGAUGGACAUCAUCCGCCAGGAGAACCGCACCUACGGCGACCUCAUCGUGCUCGACCACCUGCAGGAAGACGACUUUACCGCCAACACGGUCAAGACGAUUGAAUUUUACCGCUGGCUCGUCGAGAAGAGCCCGCGCAAGUACGAGUUUGUCACCAAAAUGGACACGGACCUCUGGGUCAACGCCCGCGGCUACUACGACCGCCAGAUCCUGCCGCGGCUCGAGGCCCAGGCCGGCAACACGACGCUCGUCUCGACCGUCGACUACACCGUCAUUGGCCAGUUCUACUACGACUCGUACCACAAGACGUCCUUCCCGCACGGCGCCAUCUACACCGUCACCUGGGACAUUGUCCAGCUGCUGCCCGUGCUGCAGGACAAGUUCCACGUCAUCGCCGGCGAGGACGUCACCAUGGCCUGGCUCCUGAUGAGGGGCAAGCAGAAGGUUAACAUGGCCGUGCUCAACGAGCAGGAAAAGUUUGAGUUUGACCAGAAGGACACGCGCCGCGGCGAGGACGGCCCCUGGGCCCGCACCGGCACCGACGUCACGUCGCCCUGGCACGCCCUCGCCGGCAAGGAGGCCCUCGCCAUCCACAUGCUGAAGAAGGACGACGAGUGGCUCAUGGUCGCCUCCGUCUUUGACAAGAACGGCCUCAUCGACGCGCCCACCACCGAGAGUCACGAGUUCCGCGACGACAACGACAAGCCCGGCUACCCGCGCCCCCACUACACGGCCAUUCCCGACAGUUUCUGGGAGACGGACAAGGAUGGCAGGCUGCUGUGCAACGGCGUCUGGAAGCUCGAGGCCGGCGUCGGCCGUGACAUGAAGAAGACGGACGAUAAAUGA